AUGUUCGGCGUACUCUCGGUCCUCGUUGGCUCUCUCGCCGCCUUGUCCACCGUGAAAGGGGACGUUACCUGGACUGCAACUCCGUUCAACCCUGCAUCGGUCCCCCUUGCGGUCAGGUCUCCGUACCUCUCAGCAUGGCUCCCUCAGGGAUCAGGAACAGCACUGAACGCCGCAUGGCCUCAGUUCUGGACAGGAUCGACUCUUGGUUGGGCAGGAUAUAUCAAAGUGGAUAAUACUGUGUACAACUUCCUUGGUGCCCCAGAUGUGGCGGGUGCCAGCAAGGCCGUACAGAAGAGCCUUGAGUUCACGUCUACUCAAAGCAUCUUCGUCUUAGACGCCGGACCUGUCGAGCUUACUGCGAACUUCUUCAGCCCUGUUGAGCCUACCGACUUGGUGAAGCAGUCCCUUCCGUUCUCGUACCUGUCGUUAUCAGCUAAGUCCACGGACGGGGGUUCGCACAGCGUCUCCGUGUACACCGAUAUCAGCGCCGAAUGGGUUACGGGCGACAACAGCCUGACAGCAAACUGGACUACGACCACCGACAGCAUCAUCACGCACCAGGUCCAGCUGGAAAGCCAAACCGUCUUCGGGGAAGUCUCGGAUCACAUUCAGCAGGGCUCCGCUUUCUACUCCACCGAUAGCACCUCAGGAACGACCUUCCAAACCGGCCAGGAUGUUGUGGUCCGCGCCCAGUUCAUCAACGACGGCGUUCUCGCGAACACGCAGGACACCAACUUCCGCGCAGUGUCGGACGACUGGCCCGUCUUCGCGUUCGCCAAGAACCUCGGCACGGUAUCAUCUACUUCCACUGCCCCGGUUGUGUUCUCCGUCGGACACGUCCGUGACCCGGCCAUCGAGUAUAUCGUCGCUGGGGGUGCGUUGCAGAACCGCAGUCUCUUCUUCUGGAGCCAUUUUUCUACUGUCGCGUCUGCUAUAUCGUCUUUCCUCGGAGACUACUCUGCUGCCUUGUCUCGAGCUCAAACCCUCGACGCGAAGAUUCAAAGCGACGGUUCCGCGAUUUCUGCCGAUUAUGCUUCCAUCGUAGCCCUCUCCACGCGACAGGCUCUCGGCGCUACUGAGAUAACUCUCUCGAAGAACACCGAUGGCAGCUUCAACACGAACGACGUUCUCAUGUUCAUGAAGGAGAUCUCCAGUGAUGGCAACGUGAACACCGUAGAUGUCAUCAUGCCGGCAUGGCCGAUCUUCCUAUAUCUCAACCCCGCCCUCGGCAAGUACUUGCUAUUGCCGCUUUUCGAAUACCAAGCUACUGGCCAAUAUCCGAACAAGUGGAGCGUCCACGAUAUGGGGGCCUCCUACCCGAAGGCGCUUGGACACAAUGAUGGCAAUGAUGAGCCCAUGCCCGUGGAAGAGAGUGGCAACAUGCUCAUCAUGACUCUAUCGUACACCCAGAAAGCCAACGACAACUCCCUCAUCUCGACCUACGAGAGUCUCUUGGACCAGUGGACUCAAUUCUUGAUCACCGACUCUCUGAUUCCGGCCAACCAGAUCAGCACGGACGACUUCGCCGGAUCGCUGGCGAACCAGACCAACCUUGCUAUCAAGGGUAUCAUCGGCAUCAAGGCCAUGUCUGUUGUCGCUGAUCGGCUCGGAGAUAGCGCCAAGAGCUCGAACUACAGCUCUAUCGCUUCGUCAUACGUGACCCAAUUCCAAACCCUUGCUACCUCGAAGACCGGCCCUCAUUUGACGCUGUCUUACAACGACGACGCCUCCUGGGGAUUGAGCUACAACCUCUACGCCGACAAACUUUUGGAAACCAACCUUUUCCCCGCCUCAAUCUACUCGGAACAAACCGCUUGGUACCCUACCGUUGCCCAAAGCUUCGGAGUCCCGCUUGACACCAGACAUACUUACACCAAGUCUGAUUGGCAGAUUUGGACAGCUGCUAUCGCGACGGAGACGUCGACCCGCGAUCUCUUCAUCUCCUCGGUGAGGAAGUACGCGGCCGACGGCGAGAGUUCGCAGCCUUUGGGUGACUGGUAUGAGACGACGAACGGCGCGGUGGAAGGGUUCAGAGCCCGCCCGGUCGUCGGAGGCCAUUUCGCUCUGCUCGCACUGUAA